CUCCAUCACAAAAGCUAGACCCUUUUCAGCAGCCCUGAGCCCCCUCACCCCUCCCAACUACUCCUGAUAUGGGGGGGUGGGGGCUGUACUGGGUGUGAUGUCACUUCCACUGAGGCUGGGAUAUAUAAGCCAGGCUGUGCUGCAGUGCUCAAUAGGCUUCUACAGGAGAAGGCAGAGCAAGGUAACUGACAGAUCAUCCCCUCCACAGAUAAUUCUACAAACAGACACAGCUCUGCUCAUCAGCAUUUUAAAAAGCCUUGCUUGCUCUUCAUGUAACACAUUUUCCUUCUAUUGUAUUUUAUUCUAGGAUUUGGGCACUGAGCAAAGGAUUACAUCAUUUACCCCCUCCAAAAAAAAAAAAUUAGACACUGCCUGUGGAAUGGGACAGAAAAUGCCUUCUUUAGGGGUGAUCUGCCUAGCCCUCUGUGCAAUGCAAGGUAAGGAUGUGCUUAGUCACUGAUGGGGACAUUGCAAUCUGCAGUCACUGUCCUUUCAGCACUAAGGACAGCAGCCAGACCCCCACUGCAGCAGCUGGGACUCUGUGCUUAUUGGAUGCAGUUCAACACCUUGAGAUGACCUAAUAGGAAAGGAGACACAGACUCACCACUAAGUAGGAUUAGGCUGGAGUUUGGAUGGCUAUCUCAGCACAGAUUCAAUUCAAAGGAUCCAACUAAACACUGCAGGAAAGCAUUCUACAAGGUCACCUUCCUCCCCCCCAAGUGAUUUAUCCUUUGUCUGUGGAUAGAUAUGGUGCUUGAUUUCAACAAAUCAUCAGCUCCAAAUAUGUAUUUUCUGCAAUCUUUACUCCUUAUACAAACACAUUCUAGCAGGAGAUACAUUAGCCAAUAGCUGAACACAUUGCAGUAAGACACACAGUGCAUCAACUAUACUGCUGAUAAAUUAUAUUGGGAAUUAGAGCAUUACUGCGUUUGCAUGGUAGCACGCAAACAUUUAUUUUCUUAAACCAAAAGAAAAUAGAUCAUGAAUGUAAGGGGCCAUGAUGUUAAAUGUUUUAUUUAAAAAUAUAUAGAUAUGUUAUUUUAUAUGUAUUCUUUGAUUAUAGAUGAUCAAUUUUCUUAAUUUUAUUACAUUAUACCAUAACAUUUUUGCCGAUAAGAGUAAUUAAACUGUGUUUUGGUAAAUUUGUGUGUACAUGUGUCUGCGUACACACCUCUUCCUGUGAUCACAAGUAUAUUAAGGAAGAUACAUCCAUACUUUGUUAUGGAAUAUUAAUUAAACCCAUCAUUAUUUUUCAGUAAUCUCCUUCCCAGUAUCCAGUCCAGCCAGUGAAGACGACAGUAAGGUGAGUCAACAAACUUUAUUCUACAGAUUAUGAUUAACUGGCUGGUCUGUCAAUAAGACCAGUCCUCCCUGGGAAAUUACAGCGUUUGCAAAUUACAUCUUUUAGUUAAAUUAUUCUAUCAGUGGAAUUAGUAUAAGUGGAACAUGUACUAAGAAUAACCUACUUACAUUUAAUAGCAUUUUUAAAGAGAGAGAGAGAGAGAGAGAGAACACUUGCAUGUAUUCUACAAAAAUCACAUAGAAUAAAUAGAUUUUGUUUGGUUACAUUUGACAUAUAUGCAUAUUAUGUAGCCAAGGAUGCCCUAUUUACCCAGGUUUUGAUGUUCUGUAUUUGAAAUAAACAGAUUUCACAUUGACCUUAUGCAUACCAAGCAUGUUGAAAUAUCAGAUCACCCGUAGGCUAUAAUACCCAGAAACCUUUGCCAGACACCUGCUGUGCUUUUGAGUGCCAAUGGUUCACGGCAAUUGUACUCUUAAAAGCUGGAGGUCUCAUAUUUGAAUAAACAUGAUGUAUAUGGUGUGACAUUGUUGGCCAGCCCUUAUACAUGUUUAUACAGGAAGAAAAAAAAAUCAUAUUGACCAAGUUACACCGUAAACAAACCUCGUCUUUCCUACACCUCUGUUUUUUUGUCCCAUGUCCUGGCAGUGGGUGCAUUAUUAUUCAUUAGAACAACUAAGAUAAUCAAAUAAGGCAGGUCAGUUGGUUGAUGCACCAACUGGAUAAUCUGUUCAAAAUUCAGGGUUGCAGCCUUCUGAAUUGACUCACAUUUUGACCCCUAAAUCAAUGAUAUGAAUGAUGAGCUUACGGAAAUAUAUUUACCAUCCUUUACCCAACAAAACAGUCUAUUAAUAAUGUGAGUUUUAAACAAUUGAAUUAUUAGCAUUAAUCUACAUCACUCUCAAAACACUUUUUUGUUUUUCCUUUCUCCUUUGUAACUGGUUUUUAUAUUUAAGAGUGUGAAAUACAUUUUAUUUGCUUGCUUGGCCAACAUUGGCACAAUGUAUGCAGACCUCUGCUCCUAUUUGGAUUUCAAAUGAAACCUACCUCAUUCUUAAGCCUAUUUUUAAAUGAUAAUGCAUUGCAGAGAGUAGGAGUAACCAAUGAUUACCUCUGUGAACAGUGCUGGUCCCUUGGGCGGCUUAGUUUACAUGUCUGAUGAGAGAAUGUUUAACCAUUGAAUGACCGAUGAGGGUACUGUUCCACCAUAGCAAUCUGGUCUAUAAAGAUCUUAUAUUAAAUUGCAUUUCCAGUUUAUUUGACAGCCAGGCUGCAGAUAGCUACCCAUGCUAAACAAAAAGUGUAUUGCUUGCAUGAAAAGGAGAGAAUGGCCUUAAAUGUAAUUGACCCCAAGGGGUUACGAGGAUGUUUGCUGGUUCUAAUUUGAUGGAGUACGUGAGUCUUGGAAAACCGAACUAUGUACACGUUUCUUAUUAUGAUACAUUAUGACUACAGAUUUAGAAACUGACAAUUUAUAGUAAAACCUGGCCAUUAUAUAUAUGGUCCAAUAACCUUUUCUAGAAUAAUUGUAUUGCACCUUUCCUGUUAAUUUCACUUUGAAUUAAAAAAAAGUUAAAGGAUAAACAUCCUCCCUCCUCAAACCUUCAUUAGCUUUUCUCAAAGCAGAAACUGCAAGAGAGGAGAUUAAUUUUUAUAAAUCUUUAGCACAGGUAUUGAGGGACAUCGCUGUAAAUUAAGAUACCUUUAAUUUUUACAAAUGAAGCAAAGAUGCAAAAGUCGGAAUUUUGUAAAAAUGAUCCGAUGUUGCAAGAGGUAGAAAAAUACACAACCAAAAAUGAUAUUGUAUUAUAGAUAUAGAACUUCAAAACCUAAACAAAUGAGACUUAAUUAAAACAAUAGGUCAUUGCUCCCUACUGAAAGAGAUAAGUGAGAGUUCAUUUGGUUAAUGCACCAUCUGUAUUACAUGUAGAAACUUUGGAACCACCUCUGCCUUUAUCUCCACGAAAGCCACUUUAGUUCAAAAAGCCACUUAGGAAUUAAAAAAUACUUGGAUCCUUGGGUCAAACUCCCCAAAGCAUUCCAACAGUCCAGGAUUCAGCCAUCUCCCAAUUCUAUUUCAAUGAGUAAACUGACAGACAGACUAUUGGUGCAUCUUGAGCACAUUUUGUUUUUUCAUUUUCUCUACUAUACAAAAAUAACAGAUUAGCAAGCAAUCCAAAUAGUUGGGUAAUGGGGAAAUAUUAAAGCUACUUUAGUUUAGUAACUAUAUUCAUUCUAUCUUUCGAAGUGUUGAUACUCUUCAAAUCCAGACAACCUCAUUGACAUCAAAGGGAUUUAGAAAAGUGCCUCUAACACAAAACUAGGACAGAAUUCUAAAACGGCACCAAUUACCACGGAAACCAAAAGUAACAGCUGGAAUAGUCCAGUGGUUUCCAUGGCAAUUGUCCCAUAAUUAGAAAUUUGCCCCACUUUUACAAAUCCCUACAAUCAUGUUAUGAUCUUGUACAGUGUGGACUGGGUCUUCUCAGCUCAAUGAACCAGAAUGAUUUAGGUCACAUUUAAACGGAGAUGUUCUAGAUCUUCCAGGUGCAGUUAGGAAGUGAUUAGCCCAGAUCCUCUGCAAAAAGGAGAUAUAUACAUACAUACACACACAUAUAUAUAUAUAUAUAUAUAUAUAUAUAUAUAUAUAUAUAUAUAUAUAUAUAUAUAUAUAUAUAUAUCUCUUCCAGUUUGGACAACAUUAACAGUUACUAAAGUACGAACUGUCAGGAAAUCACAGGAAAUGCACAUUUAAGGCCAAAAUAGCCAAACAAAGCAGAAUUGACUUUUUUUCUGGUUUGGCUAUUCUGGCCUAAACUCUGAAAUGCACUUUGAAUUUACUAUGAAUUCCUGACAAUUCUCAUUUUAGUAAAUAAUCUUGUGGAAGUAUGACUGACGUUGAGAUCAGAAUAUCUAAUUAUUAGGAAGUGAUGCCAUUUCCUCUCGCAAUGAGGGUGCGUGAAUAUAUGUGGGAUAAAAUUAGACUGUUUAAGUUUGUAAUCAAUAUUAUUGAAUUUCAAUUUCAUUUACGGGAUUUCACGUCUACGUUAUUAGAUUUUACUGUCUCAGGUUAUUUGAAAGAGACGGUCAUUAGUUUAAAGGGACAUUUCUUGGCCUGUGAUGCACUGCAGGAGUGUAUCGCAUAGGUAAAUGCUCUGCAGAUCUCCGCUGUGUCCACACUGAAGGUUGCAGAGUUCCGCAUGUGUCAGAUAAAAGAAUGCAAUGCUCUGCAGACCUGCAUUUGUAUUCUGGGAGAAGGUGGAUCCCAUAUUACAAUGUGUAGCAAAUUACAGUGCCCUGCAAACCACUUGUGCAAAUUUUAUGUGCUAUGCAGAGUCCCGUAGAGUUUUUAAGGCUCUGCAGUUACGUUGCCAAAGAUCUACCAGAGGAAAGAACCUGCCAAGCAAUGUCCUAGAUAGAGGUUACAAUAGUCUCUAAAUGUUGUUGGCCGCAGCUAAGAAUGCUCUGCAACGUGCUGAAAUUAGGAUACAAAAUCUCUGCAGGCUUCUGGCAGCACCUUUCUGUACCUUAUUUGCCGCUGGUAAUGGGGUGCAAUUUUGUGUAUGGUCCUGGCAGCAACAAGCAAUUCUCUAUGGAAAUCUGGCAACCAAAAGCAAUAUGCAGCAAUCCUCUGUGUGAUGGAACAAAGCUCUGCACGCAACUAGUAAUAAGAAAAACAUUUGCUGCUGUUAAAUUCUGAGCUGCAAAGCUCUGCAGGAUACAGGUGCCAGGCUGUAAUGCUCUGCAAGUCACGGGGUACAAUGUUAAGUGGGUAACUGACACCAAAUGCUGCAAUGGUGGAUAAAAUCAGGGUAUAGUCUUUCUAGUUGGCAUUUAUAAUUUUAAAGAUUAUAAUGCUCUGCAGAUUAGUGCAGAGCAUUACAGUGUUUAAUGUGAUGUAGAUUACAGGUAACAACAUGGCAAUGCUCUGCAGGUUUGGGGAAAACAGUGUUUAAUGUGAUGCAGAUUACUGGGAUAAAGUUGAAAUGCUGUGCGGUUUCCUGUUGUCGUCGUACGAUGUGCGAUGUGCGUGUGGUUGUGUUAGAAAGAGAUAAUGGGAUUAACAUAAUGUUUACAAUGCAGCUAAGAAGACACCUGUUUACCCAAAGCUUUGAAAGGAGAUCAAAGACACUGUCGCUGUAGCAACAACGGCACAAAUUAUCAUUUUCCUAAUGAUUUUAUUUAAAAAGUUUCUUCCCAAACUUAAACUCCAGUGUUGGCCCCAUGGUCCAAGUUUUAUCAACAUCAAGAGCCACUGCAACGCACCAGCAUGGUAGAUAAUGUUACUGGGAAGUGAGGGAUCAGCAUAAAAUAAAGGUUACACCCAGUCCCCAUUCUUGCAUAUGUCAUUAAAUGUAAUAUUCGUUUUUGAAAAUUAAAGGAACACUAAAGGCACCAACAAAAUUAGCAGUUUAAUGCCCCUGCAGUUUAACUGAUCGAUUCCCUGCCAUAUGUUUAUACAGCCCUAGCCACACCUCCCCUCUAUCAGACCUACACAGUCUUCUUAUUACAGUCUCCUUACAUUUCCUUUUUAAGAGAGAUUUAAUGUUUAAACUUUUUAUUAUACAGUCUGUUUAAUUUAAUUUAGGAGAUGCUUAUCUCCUGCUCUGCCAAUAGCCUGCUAGAUCCUUCUAUGUGUGCUUAAUUAGAGCAUAAGAUAAGAAUCUCUAAAGUAAACAUACUGUGCUGUCACAUCUGAUUAAAAAUAAAAUGCUUUUUUUUUUUCAUGGAGACUGUGAAUGUCAGGGGAGCCAAGGGCUGAAUAAUUCCUUUAACUCCUAAAUGGCAGAAAAUUAAGCAGUGAGACUGCAUAAAGUUGUUUUUGUGCUUAGUGUACAAGAUAGGUGAGGACUAAAGCAUUUUCAGUCCCUUUUGAAAAACAAACAAACAAAAAAAAAAAAAACAAUAGCUGAAAUGGGGAACAAUGUCAGUUAUGUUUUAACCCAAAGUUUGUAAUUCACUUUAAAUUACCAACAAUCCACAUAGACGUGCAAUGGUUUUGAACAUUUUGAUUUUUAAAUUUAUUUUAUGUUUUUUAAACUUGUCACAGCUUGUUGACUCAUUCUUCAAUGGUUAUCCAAUAUGUAGUAAAACUAAAUCAACAAAAUUUCUUUAAAGAACACUCGAAGCACCGCAUGUUGGAUUAUUAUUAUUUGCCUACUCUAACCAUUGUGAACAUAAAUAAAAAGGCAAAAGGAUCUAAGGGAUUAAAUAUCAUCAUCAUCAUCAAUUACCUUGAGUCAUCAAUUGUGCCUAACCUAGGAUCGGUUCCAUUUUCAAGACCCUUUUAUGUUUCUAUAUUAUAAAUACAUACACAUACAUGUAUUCCCUGUUGUCUCAAAUAAGUAAUAAUGUCUUUGUCCUUGUCUUUGCUUUUAAUGUGGUAUUGAGUGCAGGAGAAAUUAACAAACUAAUAGAAAUCCAACAAGAGUUAGAUAUCCAAAGAUUACCACUAAUUAGUUAAUCAUUCAUUUGAGAUGACAAUAGCGAUACCAUUAAAAUGUAUUCGAAGUUUUUAUUAACUGAAGAAAGAUGCUAACAAUUAUACAUAAUUUCCGUGAAAAUAAAAUCCAGUGAGAAAAAACCCCCCAAAAAGUUAUCAAGUGUAAAUUAAAAUCGAAGGAUCCACAAAAGCAUUAGAGAGUUUCUAAAAAUGAAUUUACAGUCCCAUAUACCUUAUUCGCAUUAUAUUUCUACUGAUACAUAUUUAAAGCGAUACAUUGUAUAUGGAUAAAAGAAUACUCUUACAUUAACUGAAACACAAUAACUCCCGAAUGAGUCAAAUGGAUACUACUAUUUGAUUUCUUAUAAUAAAAAGGGGGAUGUUAGAAGUGACUACACAUUAGAGAAGCCCCUGUGACUAGAAAAUGCAGCAUAUUCCCAAACCCCUCUAAGAGAACAUAAAAGUCCUCACUGGUUGGAAAAGCUAACAAUUAGAUUGUCAUUUGGUUUAACCACAAUAUAAAAAUAAUCAAAUCUUGAUAAAAGCUUAAAUAUACCAGUUAUUAAUAGAAAAUAGGCAUGAAUGUAGGUCUGUGGUUAUCCCUAAUGAGUUUGAUUACAGAAAUGUAUUCAGCAAUUAAGGUGCAGAUCCUCUUUUCAGCCCACUACUAGUAUGUGGUGUUUAUUACAAAAAUGAGUGGUCAUAAGUAGAGAUGUCGCGAACCGUCCGCGAACUUCUCGCGAACGGUUCGCCGCGAACUCCGGUCAGCUGACACAUCCCGGCCAAUCUCCAGCAGACCCCCCCUCCCGGACCCUCCCACCUCCUGGACAGCAUCCAUGUUGAAGCUGCCUUCAACAUGGAUGCUGGAGAUUGGCAGGGAUGUGUCAGCUGACCGGAGUUCGCCACGAACAGUUCGCGGCGAACCGUUCGCCGACUGGUUUGGCUUUUAUAUUCAUUAGUUCCAUUUAGUGUUGGUACAUCUCCCAUAAUAGAGACUACUUUAUUUUUUUUCAUUACUACAGUUAUGGCUUAUGACUAGAGAUGUCGCGAACCGUCGGCGAACUUCUCGCGAACAGUUCGCCACGAACCGUUCGCGGCGAACUCCGGUCAGCUGACACAUCCCGGCCAAUCUCCAGCAGACCCUCCCUCCCAGACCCUCCUACUUCCUGGACAGCAUCCAUGUUGAAGGCAGCUUCAACAUGGAUGCUGUCCAGGAGGUGGGAGGGUCUGGGAGGGGGGGGUCUGCUGGAGAUUGGCCGGGAUGUGUCAGCUGACCGGAGUUCGCCGCGAACGGUUCGUGGCGAACCGUGGCGAACCAUUCGCGAGAAGUUCGCCGACAGUUCGCGACAUCUCUAGUCAUAAGCCAUAACUGUAGUAAUGAAAAAAAAUAAAGUAGUCUCUAUUAUGGGAGAUGUACCAACACUAAAUGGAACUAAUGAAUAUAAAAGCCAAACCAGUGCUAUUCUAAACAGCCCUCCCCCAAUGCUUACUGCUUCGAGGCAGUGCCCCUGAUCAGACAAUAAGAAAAUCAAUUAAUCAAGCAGCAUCAUAGAGUCUCAAGAAAAUGCAUAAAUGGAUUCCUUCCAAAAAAUAAAAGCAAGUGUCAGCUCGACACGUGUUUUGGCGCCUUUAUCAAAAGCAGCACAUACCUCGGCAGAAGCCCGGCUAUUUCUGAGAAGAGGUCCACCCCUCUGUGAUAUCACGUGGCCAAUCAGAAUCUCUGGCGUCACCUGGAGGCCAGAUCGAAAGUCACACUCUCACCCUCCCUAUUUGGCCAAUCCACAAGGGUAAUAUUCUUUAGGGGGCUGAUCCCUGGUUAGUGCCUCCCUCAGAAUCACAUCGCCAGAUCUAAUUGGCGAUGCGUGCAUGGGGGCAUGUGAGCCGGUCACAAGCAGACUCCUUGAAAACCGGGGACAUUACACAUUAUAGUGUAGGAGAAAUAAUGUUUCCACCUUGCAAUUGCAAUCACAUAAGCCAUUUUAUUUUGGCUAACUGGGCUUUUAGCUAUAUUCCUAGUGACGGCUGCUCUAUUGCCAGGUCACUCAUUAAGUGACCUCAAACCUUGGUCAUAGGGGGUCCCAGAUCAGAGUGUGAUAAGAUGAGGAACAAGCUGUAGCUUGACAUACGUGGUGUGGAACAUGCUAAUACAUCACGAACCUUAUGACAUAACUAGGACACUUCUAAAUCAUAGGCCAGUGAUGCUGAGCUUAGCACUUCAGUUGUUUCUGAUCUAUGUUUCUAUGAUGCUAACCAGACUAUGGUUAGUCAUCACUGUGGGAACAGAACACCCGGUUUAGGAAUCAAACUAGAACGAACAGCCAACCGAUGAAACGCAAGUUGUCAAUCUUUGUAAUAAGCUCUGUGCUUUUCACUUGGGAGUCAGCAUAGAUAUGAAACAAUGGUGGUUAUGAAUAAAAAGUAGCACAGCUGUUUUCAUAAGGCUUCUGCAUUCAGUUUAAAAUGUCUGAAUUUUGAGCGAUGGGAGAGUUAGACGAAUUUCAUAACUCCAAAAAGCCAUAUAGACGAAUCACGAGACAAAUAUAACUACCAGAGGACGAGCAGUUUAAUUUGAUUCGUACUUCAAUAGUAAUAUUUAUUUUUUACUGCUUCUCUUUUCCCCUGUAUUGUUUACCAUUUCUAACUUGAUCUGUGAACCACGUGGCAGAAAAAGGUGCCCAUCAGUGUACUACCAAAUCUAUACAUAAUAGUUGUAUUGUGCAGAACACAGGCUCAUUUACACUGGCACGCCAUUUUGGUUCAUCUGAAUUGCUUUUCCUGAAACGAUUGCAUAUAUGAAAUUCGCCCAAACCGAAACACCACAAUCGGUCUGAAAACAAACACACAUUUGGUUAAAUCAAUUCAACUACACCAAAUUUUCCCACUUUGCACAAGUCCAGCUUUAGCAGCAUUUUCUCUUUGCGACAAUAUUUUUCUUCAUCAACAUCGAAUUUUACCUGCAGUCUUUUUUUUUUUAUUAUUGUUUAAAAUGGCGGCGCUAUUGAUCUAUUCAAAUUAAAAAAUAAAAAUUUAUUUUUUAUUUUUUUAAACAAUGGUGCAUCAGUGCACCUUUUCUUUUCCUGACAACUUUUCCCACCCCACCACUUAAAGGGUGUCGGUUUUCUGUGAGAGGAAAGCAUCUGUCCCGAUCUUCCUUAGCCUAUAUUUUGUACCAAAUCAGGACCAAAAUUCACUGUUUAGUGAGUCGUUUAUCCGAAAUAUUAUGACUGAAUAACGUUUACUAUACUAUAGUAUGCCAUCCCUGUGACACAUUUAGUAUUGAACGCCAUCUACGGCAUUGCACCUUUCUGUUCCACAGACCAAUUGAUGGAAAGUCUCCAGAUAAAGACAUAUCCGAUAUUAAAUGGCUUGCAUUAAAAAGUAUAGUACUGUGAUAUAGAUUUGUAAAGCUUGGCCAAUUUCUGUAAUGCCUCUGGAGUGGAGUAAUUGUGUUACUGUUUAUGUAGCAUAAUACUACAGAGGGUACAAGACAGGCUUUAUGUGUGGAGGAGAAAAAAGCACAACUUUCAAGCCAAAAUCAUUAUGGACAAAGAUGUUUUUCCCUGCCUGCCAAAUAAAUCCCCAUAAGAUUUAAAGGGAUACAAAUUCUAAUUAUAAAAGUAUUUUUUUUUUUUUAUCAUUUUUUUUUAGGGGAGUGGGGGGGAGAGAUUAGUAUGUUAACUCUUUUAAUAUCAGUGAUUGUUUUUAUUGUAGUCGGAUCUUUGGACUAUAUUUCAGAAUCUUACACAUGUAAACAUCAGCCUGAUUGUUAAAGACUGGAAAACAAUAUGAAAAGCAGUACUCAAAGUAUGUGCUAAAUAAAAGUGUGUGUGCCACCCCAUAACUCAACGCAUGCUUUUAAAUAACCAAGGCCAUAAAGUGCUAGCUCUCUAACCAAUAUGAAGCCAAAACCCUUCGGUGAGUCCUGUGCUAACAAUUCACCCUAGAUCAGGGAUCUCAACUCUGGUCACCCAAAUGUUCAUAGCCUUCAACUCCCAGAAGUCUUAGUACGCAAUAAAUGGCUAGAGAAUGACGAUAGUUGCAGUUCAACAUCUGAGGGGGUCAUCUGAGGGAGUUUGAUAUGCUUGCCCUAUUAGAGUAUUAUGGGAGACGUAGCCCACAUCAUCUGGAGUGCCGAAUGUUGCCAACACUUGAACUAGGUGAGCAUCCCUAAUCCUGAAUAGGAGGCACGUUCAGUGUUGAUACAAUGCCUUUAAAAUCAGAGAUGUAAUGUGAACUAUAAUGUCCCAUGGACCUGAAUUUUUCCAUAGAUGGAAAAAAAAACCUGUGGAUGAAUGUGGGAUGAAAGGGUUAAUAUAUAAUGUCCUGGAUCCAGAAUGUUUCCCUUUUUUCUCUCUUUGUUUAUGUGGGUCACAGUAUUGUUAGUGCAUGUUGAUAGAUGUUUUCAAUUAUUUAUUGCGCUUCUGAACAGGCAAUUGGCAUUCCAAGCAGGGAAUCAGAUGCAGCCUGUAGCUGGGAUUACCAAAGGGAGAGAAGGGGGAGAUUGGGGUUUAUUCACUAAACGGUGAUGUUUGGUAAAUGCAAAAAUCGUAAUUUUGAAAAAUAUAGAAACUCACCAAAACCUCACCAGUCAUUAUUUCUAUAUAUUACGUCAUGAUGUUUUCCAGGCUAAUCUUGCUUAUAUUUUGUUCUGUUGCCACAUCACAGGUAGGACCUGUAUGGGGAGUUGUGAUUAAUAAUAUCACACUAAAUCCACCAAAAACUGGGAAUUUGGUUUAGAUAUGAGAGGAGUUAUUGUACUUUCCACCGUCUAUAUCAGUAGCUGUCUCCACCCCUCAGAUUUGAUUUAUUUUGCUGCAUUCCAAAAUAUAUCCUUACAUGUAUUUAAGGGCAAGGCAAAAUGUGGGUUAGGGUGCAGUUAGUUAUGCUGGAUGAGUUUAAAAAAAAAAAAAUAAUCUCCUCCAUGUUUUCCUUGUAAGAGCAAUGAAACUGUACAGGACGCCAUGAUUUAGCAGUGUUAUUCAAAGUGAGAAUACAUAGUGAUUUUCAAAUUAACCAAAAGCAUAGCUGACAUUUAUGCAGUAAACUCAGCAACUGGCAAAUAUGAAGUUAAAGGGACACUCCACUUGCCAAAUCAAAUCACUAUUUAGUAAAUAUACACCAGUGAUAAAAACAUAUUGCAAAAGCUUCUGAUCUCUUGUCAGCAGCCUUUUUCAAACCUUCCACUUCUAACCCCAACCAGACUUUCUUUGGCUGUCUAGUCACAUACUUCCCAAUGCAGCUCAAUAAAAAGUCUUUGCAAGGCAGGUGCUCAGGGCAAUUGCUGCCUCUUGAGUUUAGCUCCACUGGGCUAACCAAACCAGGAAGUAACAUUACCUAUUGUCUACUUGAAUGCCAGGGGGUGUAACUAUUUUAAUUUAUAAAAGUGCCUAUUUCUAUUGAAAUCUGCUAUUUUUGUAAAAAUAGAAAAAAAGAGGACACACUCUUCACACAUAAAGCCCUUCAGCAAGCUAAAGUGAUUUAGGGCUCUGGAAUGUCCCUUUAAGUAAGCACCAGGAUUGGCACAUUGCCACUUCCUGGUCUGGGCAGAGAUCACAACAGGAGCUAAAAAACAAAACAAAAAAAAAAACCUGGGGAUUUGCAACCCCUAUUUGUUUAUAUUUUAUUAUUGCUUUUAAUAAAGAAGAAUUUAGAAAAAUAUAUUUUAAUUUCUUUUCCAUUUAUAAUAAACUCAUGACACGUGUCAAAACAAGUGGAUUUGCGUAUAUGUAUUUAAAUAUGAAUAUAGCAAUCUUAAUGAAAUUAUCGCUUAAUAAACUUGCCUUUCUUCUUUUAGUCUCCGUUAAUGGUUCUAAAUAUAGAACAUUAGUCGGAUGUCGUAGUGUCAUUACUCCAUAUUGUCUUUCCGCAGCAGUCAUUGAUUCCUGUCUUGUCUCUCUCAGGUAAUGAAGUGCAUUGUUGAAGUCAUUUCUGAUACAUUGUCAAAGCCAAGUCCAAUUCCAAUCAGUCAGGAUUGCCUGGAGACUCUCAGAGGGGGUGAGUAGAUUCAAUCUAUAUCAUUACAUAUUGCUCUGCAAUAUUGCAUAUGGUGGAUUGAUUUUUUUAAAGGCACAAUCCAUUAUAGAAGUGACCCCAUUAUUCAUAGUGCAUUAUAUAGAUGGAGUAAAUAAUUAGUAAGAAAGAUAAACUGCCUACCACCUAGAACAUAAAGUUGCUGUACCUAUAUACCUAUUAUACCUAUAUAGACCAUCAUUGUGGUAGCAGUUCCUGUCCUAUUGUGUUUUACACCCCACCUCCUAUAGACGGUAAGCUCGUUUGAGCAGGGUCCUCUUCAACCUAUUGUUCCUAUAAGGUUUCGUAACUGUCCUAUUUAUUGUUAAAUCCACCUUCUGAUAAUAUUGUAAAGCGCUACGGAAUAUGCUGGCGCUAUAUAAAUAUCGGUAAUAAUAAUAAUAAUUUAUAAGAAUUUACUAUUAGAACUGCAACUACACAUCCAAUAAAACCAUGCGGGGAAAGUGUUUAUGGGAUAAGAUAAGGCAUAUGGUAAACAACCCAUAAACUGGAAAACAUUUUAAAAUCCAAAGACUCAUACUAGGAUGAGUCACCUAAAUACAUAAUAAGAGUCUGUAUAAUCAACAAUCAAUAAAAAUAGGUUGUCUUCCUUUAACCCCUUAAGGACACAUGACAUGUGUGACAUGUCAUGAUUCCCUUUUAUUACAGAAGUUUGGUCCUUAAGGGGUUAACAGACAAAAAAAAAAAACCAAAAACCACACCCAGCAUGGGGUCUCCAUAGAGAGUAGCACAAGUCUACGGAAUCGCCAUUUGGGUAAAGUUUUAACCAGCCAGCCACGAGGUGGUAUCCGAAAACAGUGCCACAGAAAAUGAGUCAACGGCAGGUCUUCUUUUGGGGGCUCCUGUGCGAACACUGACAAAAUCUUCCCCUCGCUUUUAGGGAGCAAAUGUUCCCCCUGUUCAGUAGUUCCUUUCUCCCAAACGCCAUUCCCCUAACUGUUCCAUUAGUUGAACGGGCAGUAGUACAAAGUUCCCCAGCGUUCAGAGUAGUGUAGCCGACAGAGUUCCAUAUACCCAACGACCAAGUACCGCCACCUGCGUUCUGGAGACAAAAUGGUCGCCACUCUUUGGAGCAUGGGUAUUCGCAUAUGCGAAUGGCGGCCACCUAGGGAAAGCACUUGGGGUAAUUGCUCAUUUGCGGUUAACAGCCAGGUUAACAAAUCCAUUUCGCUACACUUAAAUAGAUAAUUAGGAGUUUCUCUCAUUAUGCUGGUAUUAAGCGUCUGUCUUUCCAAAUUAUGUUACCUGCAGCUAUCAUUACUUUUAGCCAGCCAUUAUACCUCAACAACUACUUAGACUUACAUGUUCACUACCAUAUAAAAGCAGAAUAAAGAUAUUAAAAUUGAAUAUAGAUGAACAUGAUCCAGUACCCUCUGAUAAUUUUGGCACCAAAACAGUGGCGUUUUAUUAUUACAUUAUCUCGGCUAGGAAUGGACUCAUGAGGACUCAACACUAUCAGGUUUAUGCACUAAAGUUAGUAUUCAAAGUGAAUAUAAAAUUUAAGGCCAAAAUAAUCAAACUGGAAACAUUCAAAUGUUUCCCGUUCAUCUGUAAUGGCUGUAAUUUUGCAAUUCACCAAAGAUUUGUGACAAUUCUCUCUUUAGUGAAUAACCUGGUUUCACUUUCCACAACCAGGGACCCAGCUAUGUUUGUCAGAUCCACCAUGUUUUUCUGAACACAAAUCACUUGAAAAUAUUGAUGGGCAACACAUUAAAAUUGCUGCCCUGCAGUAUGUAGCAUUCAAGUGUUGCAAGUACAAUACAGCAAUGAAUUCUGCAUUCUGCACUGUUAAUGUGCUACCGGUUGGUAUAGAGUCAUAUGUAUGAGAAUCAAGAACGCUUUUAUUGUCUGACUUCUUUCAAUUGCAGCUGGGGUCCAUAAACAUAGUCUUAGUGUCUUCUCAGAGGUUUUCACCAGAUGUGUCUGUUCUAACCAUUAAAGACUACUUUGCAGGUUUAUUGGACACAAAGUAAAAUGGAAUUGAAUUUUCUUUACAGAUGAACGCAUUAUUUCCAUUCUACGACACCAAAACCUCUUAAAGGAACUUCAGGAACUCGCAACUCAAGGUAGUAAAUUUAUUUUGUAACCUGUAGGCACAUGUACAAGCAUUGUCUUGCUAAUUAGGCAGCAUAGAGUGUUAACCCCUUAAAGGCUAUAGACGUGCCGAGUUUUUCAUGAUUUUAAUCAAUUAGCCCAACAGCCAUGUUCUUAAUAGGUUUAGAAAUCUGAUUGACAGAACUAAUCAGCAAGCAUGAAGUGGACUCUGGAGACUGUUUGCUAACUAACAAAUUGCAGUGAAUUACAAACUAUAGUUUCUUAAACAAACUGCUAUUAGCUUACAAAAUGCAAUUUAAAAAUAAAAAUCACCAUUACAAUUUAUUGAUGUUUUGUUGUUAGUAAAGUAACAAUACUCAUGCUGAAACCUGCCUUAGAGAGCCAUUAUAAAUUAUAUUCUGUUACCAUUUUACACACAGUGAUAAAGUGGGAUUGAGCCACUAAAACCAGACACAUUCAUAUUAAAGGACCACUAUAGUGCCGGGAAAACAAACAUACUCGUUUUCCUGGCACUAUAGUGCCCUGAGGGUGCCCCCACCCUCAGGGACCCCUCCCGUUGGGCUGGAUGGAGAGGAAGGGGUUAAACUUACCCCUUUCUCCUCUCCGGCUGAAUACGCAAUGCUUUCCUAUGGACGCUGGCGUCUUCUCACUGUGAUUUUCACAGUGAGAAACGCAGAAGCCCUCUAGCGGCGGUCAAUGAGACAGCCACUAGAGGCUGGAUUAACCCUAACAUAAACAUAGCAGUUUCUCUGAAACUGCUAUGUUUAUAGAAAAAAGGGUUAAACCUAGGUGGACCUGGCACCCAGACCACCUCAUUAAGCUGUAGUGGUCUGGGUGCCUAGAGUGGUCCUUUAAAUCAGUUUGCUGCAUGGAAGCUUCAAAGGUUAUCACAACCAGCUGCAUUGCUAGCCAAAUAUAUCAUAUGGCUGUGUGAUUAAUUAAAUGAUGAAUUAAACUAUAGCAACACACAAUAUGAAAACCAGCCUGAAAAAAACACUAAAAUGCAUGUAACUUGUGCACAACAGGCCAUGGUGAGAAUUCCAACGAUUUAGAAAUGUCCAUACCUUGAUAAAAUGUGGGGUGUUUUAAAUUGCAGGUGUUGUCUUCAGUAGACUGAAGGAACACAGUUCAAAUGCUCUGAACUUUGCUGGAAAGCACUGCAGGAAGUGAUGUGUGCAGCAGUAAAUUGUUUCCCUCAACAAUUUCAGUUUCAUAUUCUUUUUACCUGUUUGUCACGUCACCAUACCUGGCAUAUGUUUUCCUUUGAAAAUAAGUUAUAACGUGUGAUCAUACAUUUAAUAUACUGCAAGUAUUUUUAUUUACAUGGCAUCACCCUAUUCCAAAGUGUUGAACAAACUUAAAGGGACAAUCCACACUGGAGUGACCCAUUUGUUUAAAAAAAAUUUUUUUAAGAUAUGUAAUAAAAUAACAGUAAAAAUAUAGGGAUUCACAUUUCAAGUUCCUACAUUAGGUUCAAAUCAUUAGCUUACUGAGACUUUGCAGCCUCCGUAAACUCAGACGAGGAAAUGACAAGCAUGAUGCACACUUAACUUUCUAUUAAGCAGCUGGUUCAAACAAAUUAAAUUCCUUUUAAUCUACGUCUAAACAGCUGGAUGUGUCUGGAAUUCAUUGAAUAAGACUCCACAUGUAAAUCUCGGAUGGAUUGAUUUGUUGAGGCAUAGAUUAAAAGGAACUUGAUUCGUUCAUAGCAGCUGAAAAGAAUUUACGGCCCCAAAUUAUGAUCUAUAGCACUGCUGAGAGUAUCCUAUAAGAUGUGCUUUAUGGUACUGUAUUUGUAGUUCAAUUGUUGGCUUUCUGCUGAAGAUGAUGACUCCUGAACUACGACUCCUAGCCAUGACAUCAUGUAUAGUGAUAUUUCUGGAACAAAAAAAAAAUUGCAGGUUAAAAAGGAGUGACAGAAAGGGAUGGCUUAUGGAGCAUAUAUUUUAAAUGAAUUAUUAAAUAACUAAAUAACAUAAGUUAGCAAACAAAUUAUAACCUAAACAGUACUUUAUACCCCAGGUAUGGUGCCUUGAGACCCCAUUAAAUUAGAUAUUCUAGCAGAGGCGUACCUAGAGUCUCCAGCGCCCUUGGUGAGGAGCUGUAUCAGCAUUUGUAUCACAAAUGGUUUUGGGCUGCCUGUGUAUAAUGGGACUAACUGUGUUUGUCUUUGAAUGACAGUAAUAACCAUUGAUGAGUAGAUAGAAUUACGUCAUUACUGUGACCUGUAUAAAAGUUGGUUAAUCCUAGAGCAAAACAAACUAAAAUUAUGUGUUUCACAAUAUGUAAUCCUGGGUACAUACAUAUCAUCUACUCAAAAGCUUCACUUCAUUACUUACUGUCUUAGUAGUAAUGCCACUGCCUAGAAAGUCCACUCCACACGCUCCCUCAGUCCCUAUGCAAACUGCAGUCUCAGCCAGGUAGGUAAGGUGUCAAACCUUAGAUGUAGCCGCAUUAUCCACUCUGCUCACUCUCUCCCUAGUCCAUCUGCAUUCUCCAGGCAGGGUAAGAUGUGACUGCACUCUCCACUCACUUCUACCCCCCCUCCCAUUCAUGUCUAUUCUACCCCCUUCUCUGUUCCCCUCUCUUCCAUGUGUCUCCCACUUCCAUCCAUUUAUGUAUCUCAUUUUCUAUCCAUAUCUCUCUCCCCCUUCUGUCCAUUCAUGUAUCUUAUUUUCUAUCCAUGUCUCCCCCCCUUCCAUCCAUGUCUCUCCCCCUUCUUCUCCCUUCCAUCCAUAUUCCCCUGUGUCUCUCUUCCAUCCAUGUCUCCCUCCCCCUUCCAUCCAUUUUUUCCUCCCCCAGUCCAUCCACACCCUUGCCAACCCCUUUCAUCCAUUGCUCUCCCCAUGCUAACCUCCCCAUUUUCAUCUAUAUCUCUCCCCUUGCCAACCUCCCUCCUUUCAUCCAUUUCUUCCCCUUGCCAACUUUCCCACUUUCAUCAUAUCUCUCCCCUUGCCAAUCUCCCCCCUCUAUCCAUAUCUCUUCCCCCUCCUCAAUAUUCCCCCCUUCCUCAAUAUCUCCAGCCCUCUUGCCAACUUUCUCCCUUCCUCAAUAUUUCCCCCCCUUGCCAAUCUCCCUCCUUCCUCAGUAUACCUUCCCUCCCUUCCUGAAAUCUACCUACCUAUGCAAUCCUCGUCCCACACAGCACUCAAAGAGUGAAAGGCUCUCCUCACUUGCCUCCCUCCCUGCUGUUUUGCCUGUCAUGGCAGGGCAGGGGAGGGGGGCAACCAAUGUCCGGAGCGGUGCGCUGUCUGUGUCAUGCUGAGCGUAGGGUAGUCACGUGACACCCGGCACUCCAACGCAGACCAUGAGGGGGAGGCGCUCCCUCUGUGCACUGUGCGUGCAGUUCCUUGGUGUAGCCGAACGCUGCCUGGGGCGCCGGGGGGCAGCCUGAGCAGGGGGACGCAAAAAUCACUGCUCACACUGACAAUUGAUUUUUGCUCCCCCUUCGGCCUUAGCGGGCGUCGGUCUCACCAACUCCUCUGUAUGCUAGCAUCUAAUGUGCAGUAGGAUAUCUAUCCUGAUUUCAUGGAUAGGACUAAUUUCUUCAUGGUGAAGGGCAUUGCAGACUUUGUCUCUAGUGUAUGAAACCAAGCCUUUUAAAUGGCAUUAGAAUGAGGGUAGAAUCAUUAACUGCUACAGUGCUGAGACAAGCACUGACCAUUAAAGGAGCACUAUAGUGCCAGGAAAACAAACUCGUUUUCCUGGCACUAUAGGGUCCUUAGGUCCCCCCCACCCUCAUGGCCCCCCUCACGCUAGGCUGAAUGGGUUAAAACCCCUUUUAAUAUUAAUUGUUUUAUUUAAAAUAUUAAUAUUGUAGAAUAAAUAGCGUAACUAUUCACUAGGAGGAUAGAAUAACAUAGGGGAAACAAGAAGGUUGCAAUUAGAUAGGUGAAGAGAGAAAGACAAGAGUAUUAUUCUACAGCUUUGGGGCCCUCACGAUUAAUAACUAUAUCGAGGAAAGAUAAAAGUAAUUAAGUGUAUAUGUUCAAAUUGGUUGAGACUAAGGACAAAGAAAGGGAAAAAAAUGUCAUAGGGAACAUUAAAUUUAAUUGCAAAUCGUACUAUAUAUGUGACCACGCUCAUUUUAAAGAAAGGGAAAGGAAAGAGGAAGGAAGGAGAAAGGAGAAAGGAAAGAGGGAAAAAAGGGGGGUUUAAAUAUCUGCUAAUAUGAAUAGGUAAUAAGGAAAUAUUUGAUUUGCACAUAAAUUAACGAGGAGAAUAUAGACACGUUAAAUUAUCUUAAAUAAAGAAGUAAAUGCACAUGAAAUAAAAUUAAGAAAGUCUAGAAAAAGUUUAUUAAAGUAAGAAAGAAGAAUCAAUGCGUACAAGAAAAUGAUUUCUUUAUAAAUUUUUUAAAAAUAUCUGCUUUCCGUUGCCCUACAGUACAGCUCUUGAUAGAAGAGCUGACGGAAAAAGUGUCUAGCAAGGGAAAGGGGGUAAGACACUAUUUGGGACAAUGACGCUCGUAAGGGUUUUUCAAGAGUCAUUUAAAAAAAAAAAAAACGUUUUUUUUUGUUAUAUGGUUGUAUUUGUUUUAUAUGUUGAGUGGAUUGUGCGUGGCCAACCUGAGGAAUUAUGUAGCAUAGGGAGGAUUAAUGUUAGAGGGGAAUAAGAUUAGGAUUAUAACUUUGAACGUUAAGGGUUUGAAUACUCCACAAAAAUGUAAGCUUUUAGUAGAUCAUUUAUGGAAAAAGAAAAUUACUGUCGGAUUUAUACAAGAAACACACUGGAAAGCUGGAAACUCAAAAAUGAAAAGUUUCAAUUAUCCAACUCUUGUCUCCUCAGAUUAUAGCUCUAAAAUAGAGGAGUUGCAAUUUUUAUUUCAAAGACUGUAACUUCUAAAGACCUAUGUAGAGAAGUGGAUACGAAUAGCAGAUAUGUGUUCUUGAUCUGUGAAUUGCAGGGGAAAAUCUACUCACUACUUAAUAUACAUGCUCAAAAUAAACAACCUGAAAAAUGUAUUAACAUAUUAACCAAGUUCGAAAACAAGAUACAGGGGUCCUUUAUAGUUGGAGGAGACCUUAACUGUGUGGUAGAUGUAUCAAUGGAUAAAAAGGUUCCACAAAAAAGGAAACAACAAAAUAUCAUUAAAAAAUUGGUUCUGCAGAAUGUCAUAUCUAAAUUUAAUCUAUAUAACAUGUGGAGAGUAAAACAUUCUGAUGAAAAGGAGUUCACUUUUUACUCUAAACCUUACUUGUCAUAUUCUAGAAUAGAUUACUUUUUGGUUAAAAUACAGUUAAUUCAACAAUGUUGCCUAAUUAAAAUUGAGGAUAUACCCUGGUCGGACCAUUCGGCUGUGAUUAUGGAAAUAGGAUUAGAUGCUAAUGAACCAUGAUCACAAUGGAGGCUGAAUGAGAGAUUAUUUUCUGACUCUAAAACUAUUGAUUACAUGUCAGAGAGGAUUAAAUUAUACUAUAAAGAAAAUACGACACAAGAAAUCUCAAACCAAAUCUUAUGGUGUGCCUUUAAGAGUGUAAUAAGGGGUUAUAUAAUUAAAUUGGGGUCUGAAAAAAAAGGGAUCAAGGCCUAUCUUUAAAUCAACUAUACCUUGAAUUCUAUAAUUUCAAUAAAAAAAAUAAAAAAAUCUCCCCUACAAAGGAGUUUGAUCAACAAAUAUCAGAAAUAUCCAAGAAGAUCAAUACUACUUUAUUGGCAAAAGUGAAUUUCGCUCUACAAAAGCUAAAUCAGAAUUGGUACCAUAAAAGCAACAAAGCUGAUAAAAUGCUUUCCAAUAGACUAAAAAAUAGAAAAGCUAGAUCGAGAGUCGAAAAGAUCAUGGUAGAUGGUCAUAGUUAUAAUGACCCAAAGUCAAUAGGUAAUGCCUUUAAUAAAUUCUAUGCACAACUUUAUAAUCUCUCCUCCAGCCCCCAGGAUUUAGAUAUAUCUGAAUAUCUGGAUAGGAUUAAAUUGCCAACUCUUACAGAUGGCCAGGAGAAAGAAUUAAACUUACCUUUCUCUGAAUCUGAGGUUAGUCUGGUAAUUAACAGGCUUAAGCUGAAUAAAGCCCCAGGUCCUGACGGGUAUACUAAUUGGUUUUUAAAGAAAUUUAAAAAUUAGCUAUUGCAACAUCUAGUAGAUACAUUUAACGAGAUUAGAGAAUCGGGUCUCCCUUUGAAAGAAUUAUUACAGGCUAAUAUCUCACCGAUAUUAAAAUCUGAUAAGGACCCAACUAAUCUGGUUAAUUACCGGCCUAUAUCUCUUAUAAACUCAGAUAUUAAAAUGUAUUCUGCUGUCAUUGCAAAUAGACAAUCAAUUAUUCCAUCUUUAAUUCAUCACGACCAAAUAGGUUUUGUUCAGAAUAGAGAUCCAAGUAAUAACACUCGAAGAUUGACUGCCCUGAUUGAUUAUGUAACAAGGAGCAAGAUCCCUAUGCUGGUCCUGUCACUGGAUGCUGAGAAGGCAUUUGACAAGGUCAGCUGGAGUUUUAUGAACCAGACUCUGGACAAAUUUGGAUUUGUUGGCUCCAUUAAAACUGCAAUAAUGGCUCUUUAUUCUAGUCCAACGGCUAAAACCGUGGGCCCUGGCAUCUCCGCAGUUUGGUUUACAAUUUCUAACGGGACCAGGCAGGGAUGUCCCCUGGCCCCGCUUUUAUAUAUUUUGACUCUUGAACCGCUCACUGUGAGCAUAAGAAACAACUAUCAAAUUAAAGGAGUUAUUCUGAAUCGUUCUGAAUUUAAGACCAGCCUAUAUGCUGAUGACAUAAUAUUAACAUUGUCUGAUUUGGAUAUAUCACUAGGGGCCUUGUUUCGGGAGUUGGAAGACUAUGAUAGAGUUUCAAACUAUAAAUUAAAUAUUGGUGAAUCCCAAGUUAUGCCCAUAGAUUUAGAUUUUACGACAAUUAAUAGAUUAUCAGUUAAAUAUCCCUUCACUUGGUCAUCACAAGGUUUUAAAUAUCUUGGGACUCAUUUCUCUUAUAGCUUAAAAGAAAUGAUCGAUAAAAACGUGGAUAAUCUAUUAAAAGAUACCAGUGAUAUUGAGUUGAAGUGGUCUGGGUGCCUAUAGUGGUCCUUUAAUGUAAAAUCUCUACAGUACAAUCCACUAAAUAACAAACUGCAGCAAACUGUAUGCUGAAUUUAUAAAUGUAAGUAAUGUAAAAUAGCUGAGAUUUAAACAUUCUUUAACUCAUUUAUAGCAAGAGCUUGGCUAUUUAUGUCUAAAUGUCAUCAUUUAUCUUGUUUAAAUUCACUACAGUCCUUUGUUUAGUGAAUAAACCUAUCUUCUCAUUUAGGCUCCCUUGUGACAUCCUGACCUGCUUUAAAAUCCCAGAGGUGCGGGUGGUAGAGUGUAUUGUCAUGGAGAUAUCAGAAUCUAUCCCUAGGAAAGAUGUGUAGAUGCUUUUUAAAGGCAACAACAACUCACUUGUCUUCACAAAUAUCAACCUACACUCCUCCCAGAUUGUUGGAGAUGUGGUAGGGCAUUAGGCUCAUUUCCCCACAUAUGGUGGGACUGUGAUGAGCUCAAUCCUAUGAAAUUAAUUCUAUUCGAGCUAGUAUAUUUUAUUCUUAAAGCACAAACUGAUAUAACUGCCCAAUUGUUUUUGUUUCAUUUAGAUAUGCCAAGGGUUAAUACAAAAUGUAAAAUUCUCAUGAUUCACAUUUUCAUGGCAAUCAAAAUAGUUAUGGCCAGGAACUGGAGAAACAUAGGUCCCUUAAAAUGGCACGAAAUUCGCACACAAGUGGAUUUCCAAUAUAGGAUGGAUGCAGGUAUAUCAUUAGAUAGAGUAUCCAAAGAGAAAUAUGAUGAAAUUUGGGCCCCUUGGGUUAGAUAUUUAAGAUCAAAAGUUUAAAUCCCAUACCCCCACUAAAUCCCCAAUACCACCAUCUUUUUUUUUUGUUAGGCAAGUCAGUGUUUUCUGUACGAGUAUGAAUGAGGUCAUUUUGUCUAUCUUUUUGACCUGAACACAUUUAUUGUACAAAAUGGAAAAAAUUGUUUUUUAUAUUUGAGAUGCAUAAACUGUAAACAUAGCAAUAUAGUACAGUAAUCUAAAUUGAAAGUAUGUUAUAUGUUUAAUUUAUGUGGAAAAAUUAUUUAUGUGGAAAAAUAAAGAUUUAAAAAAAAAAGGCAACAACAACUUAUUCAGUUAAGACUCCUCAUACAUGCUAUAAAACGUAGAAAAAUCAAAAUAAAAUCAUGAAAAAUUGAUGCAUACACAGUAUUCUGAAGUUUAUAUGCAGUAUCUUGUCCUUGGCAUUCAUGUCUUCUUUAAGAUCUUAAAGUUAUCCUGAAAACAUUGUGUCAGAGAGCUUAUCUGUAAAUUGGCAUAGUAUCAUGGGAAAUAUAUACACAAGUAUUAUAUAUUAUUUAUAUACUUUACCCUACACGUUGCAAUACUAACCUGUGUACUGCCUCCUUAUAGGGUACAUGAAAAAAUCAUAUCCUCCUCCUGUAAACCUCUGUAAAAUAAAAAGGGGGUUUGUAAAACUUUAAUAAUAAUUAAGGUAGGGCCUUAAAGGGACACUGUAGGCACCCAGAUCACUUCAGCUCAUUGUAGUGGUCUGAGUGCUGUGACCCUUUUGCACUUAGUGCUGCAAUGUUUACAUUGCAGCACUAAGUCUGCCCUCAGUGGCUGGCUCUUCCGGAAUCGUAACAGACUUUUGGUCCGUUAUCUGACACUGGACGUCCUCAAGCUUUCAUUAAAAUCCAACAGGUCUUUCAAGACAAACUCCAAAGUAUCAGGGAACAGUGAUCUUGCAUAGUGUAGCUACUGUGUGCAAUGAAUUACUGCAUAGUUCAGUUUCGUGAAUAUAUGGUUGGAUAUACAGAAUAUUGAGAAUGUGCUGUAUUUCUUUGGGUGUACAAUGGCUAAAGGGUUUUCUGUAUUUCUUACCAGGAAAGUAGCAAGUUUUCUUUUGUUAACCAUUUGUGUUCCAGAGUAUGUAUUUUCCUGCAGAGGUGGCACAUAACUAAACAUUAAGUUUAUGCUAUGAUUUAGAAAGGGGUUGGUCUAAAACAUUGACCUUGGCCAGUACAUUAAACUAUCCUAUCUUCUUACUUUGUCACGUGUUGGCCCAGGUGCCACGGAGAGGGUGCAGAAGAAGAGUUUUGAAGAGGAGCUUUCUGGUGUCCUUGCACGGCAGAAUAACAAACCCAUCCUUUCCGGUUAGUGUCAAUGUGACCUGUGUGAGUCUAAAUAACAUGGAUCCUCUUUCUUGCAACCUUGCUGUAAAAAAAUACCAUGUGUUUAGAUUGCAAUGUUUCACCUUAUCCUCAGAGGAGCGAUGGGUGACCUUCUCAGCUCAGGUUGCUAGGGUAUUAUAGGUAGAAAUCAGAAAUCCAAACCCAUCAUUGCACUUAGUUUAAAUAGCUGACAUAUACCGGAUUGACCGCAAAGAAAAAGGAGAUUCACUAUUUCAUGUAUAAUUCCUUGUCCAAAAACACACAUUAAUAGUUAGCCCUUAAGGACGAGUGUUACCUAAACACAAUUUUUUUCAAUUAUAAGAAUCCUUUCAUCAAGUUUUUUUUUUUUCAUCAAGUUUUUUUUCACAUUAAAUAUAUAUAUACAAAAUUGUAAAUUAAACAUAAUUUGCCAUAAAGGAAGUGCAAAGCUUAGAGGAAAUGUUUAGAAAGGCUGUGCAAGUCACAUGUAGGAAAAUGUGACUAGGGCUGCAUAAACAAAGUGAUUUAACUCCUUAAUGGCAGAGAAUUGAGCAGUGAGACUGCAGGGCAACAAGCAUGUUUUACUGUUUGUAUUCAACUGCAAUUUGCAUCUCUCAUUUAUUGCACCAGCAUAUUGUAUACCGUUUUUUAAGACAAAAACAGCUUUCAUUUGAUGUGACAUAUACAUAUAUAGAUUUUUAUUAUAAAUUCCCACCCCCCAAAAAUGCAAACCAUUUUUAAAAAAAAUGUUUUUUUAAAACUUUUUAAAAAAUCUUUUUAACAGAUUUGGCAAUAACAUAUGCAUAAUUAGUGCCGCUUAACAAAAAGUAAUUCAAAAUAAAUUAAUUUCUGUCCUGAUUACAGAGUGCAUAUUAUGUCUAGGAUUUCAGUUUAUUUUGGUAGUUACAGGUCACAAAAUAAAAUUUCAAUGUGGAGCCAAUUUUAGAAUUUGGUAUAUUUGUCUUGCAAGCUUAGUAGCUGUCACAGAAAACAGAAUUGGCACACAAAAGUAUAUAGUUAUAUAAAGUGACAUCUACACACAUACAUAUAACAAAAAAAAUCAUUGUGUUCAACGAAAUGCUCUGAGUACAACGAUACAAUGUAUGCCUUUUCCACUACCCUGUGAAUCUAAAGCGCCAUAUAAGAGAACUGACCUUUUCAGUUUUUACAGUUAGAAUUUUGAUAGAUGAAUUUGAAACAAUACUACAAUUAAUUCUAACCUAAUACGUAUUCUAAACCUAAUCUUAAUCCAUGAUCAUAAUCCUUAAUCUAAUCCUAAUCCCAAGGAUUUCUUUCCCUCUGCUAAUUUUAAUACUGAUAUAAGCAAAGGGAUUCUAAAUUAAAAUAGAGAGUGGUACAUUGCUGCCAUCUACUGGCUAUUUUCAGUAUUGCAGUCUCCUAUCUCUAAUACUAAAUAUAGGAUGCAAAAUGAAUUGCGAUGAGUAACUGAACUGGGAAAGGUGGAGAGUGGAGGGAGACCCGGCAAGAGGUAAGUUACUUUUAAUGUGUCCGCACCGGUCUGGCUGUGCGACAGGAAACACUUGAUUAGAGAACAAACCAUAAUAGAUUUUAAAGGAUAAUUUUAUUAUCAUUUGUUUUCUCAGUUAAUAAUGUCAUCAUCACAUUGUACCCUCCAAAUGGUAUUAAAUAUUUUGUGAAAUAUUCUGCAACUUUAAUUCAUAACAAUGAAAUUAUGAAUAAAUAACUUUAGAACUGGGUCAAAAAUCUGUAUCCUCUAAUAGGAUGCACCUGCAUUGAGCUCCAAUCCGCAGGCUACACUAAGUGCCUCUGGCAGUAAAAAAAAUCAGGGUUUACACUUGCUCCACACGCAUCUGCUGAUACCUGUAGACAUGGGGAAGAGCUCCAAAAAGCUACAGGCGGCACACGGAGGAGGUUCCCGAGAUAUCGGGGAAUACAUGGCCCGCGGCCUACAGCGAGCGGAGCCGAAGAUGGCGGCUGCACCAGUUGAGGAGCGGGAAAUCAACGCUCUUGAUGAUUUUCCCACGGCGGCCCCCUAUAACUUCUUCCAUGAAAGGAGAUAUAAAAUCACCCAUGAAAGAGAUGAAGCAAGUACUGGCUACAGAGGUGGGGAUAGUGAGCGGAGAGGUGUGCACCCUAGGAGGCCGAGUGAAGGAGGUGGAAGGAGAAGUGGCAGAGUUCCAGCAAUUCAGGACUGACACCACAGACAGCCUCACAAGCCUCAGGCAAACCUGCGAGUCUAUGCAGGCCAGGAAGGCAUCCCUGGAAAACAGCAGCCGCCACAAACAUAUAAAAAAUAGAGACAUUCUCGACGCCAUAACCAAGGCUGAACUGCCAGUCUAUAUAAGCCUUUGUUUCUCCACCUGCUGAAAUAAAAAAUCCACCUCUGCUUCACCAGUGGCUGGGAUUUCCUGGGUCUCUAACCCCCCCUGGAGCGCAGAUUAGGGGUCCUGUGAUACAAUUACACAGCUGUCCCACAUGGGCGACAAAUUAGCCAUCAUGAAAGCCACCAGAAGCAUACCAACCUAUCCAUUCAAAGGCCACGCUCUGACCUAUCAAGACCUAUCCACAGCCAUGCUUAGAUGGUGAACCUCGCUUAGCCACGUCACUCGAAUACUCUGUGACAAGGAGAUAAACUAUCGUUGGGUCAACCCUAGAUCCCUAAUAGUGGAACGCAACAGAGUGGUCCUGAAAAUGGUGAAAGCCACAGAAGCAGCUGUAUUCCUCGGAGAGCUGGAGCUCACACUGCAACCUAUCAGCAAUCAGAGCCAGGGAGUGGAAAAAGUGGCUGCCACCCACAUGACCGUGCGGACUGGCACUAGGCCUAUGUACAGGGGGAUCCACGUUUGACGGUUGUGGGCCUUCUUUCCUUUCCCUGACGCUAAAAGCACUGGAUAAUAUGAGUCUUUGCACAUGAAGGGACAUACUGAAGACACAAUUGGCUGUUCACUAAUGGCCCCAUGAACCUUGCAUUACCACUAUGCAUAUUUCACAGUUUAUUCAACCCCCAAUCCUUAGCUACGAUAUUAGCCUAGUUACCUAGUUUCAGAUUUUAUUUUAUGUUAUUACUAUACUUACACUACGUAAUUAGCCUGGUUAAUAACUCAUAUCCUCGCGAGGCAGACAGAGCCAGUGUUGGCUUGGAAUAGGGUUCCAGAUUGCACCAUUAUCUUUACGAAUACAACCAAGCUUUCUUAGCAUUCCUUAGUCCAUCAUAUGGCUGAAACCUUCUGAAUGCUCCAUUUGGGAAGCUAGAUCAAGUGGGUGUGGUGUAAUAUACCGAUGUGUACAUGUAUAAGCAUAUGUAGCGUGUAGAAGCUGUAACACACUGAUUUGAUGGUAGUCGGAUGCCCAAAUGUUUUUCAUGUUAUCUAAAAACAAUGCAGUUACUGUCUCAUUGCAAUACAAUACAUCUGCAUCAUAUAAAUAAAGAAUUAAAAAUAAAUCGUAUCCUCCUCAUGAGCUUUAAGACAUUCUACAGGUGGUUGGUUAAGAGUUCAACUUUUAUAGAACUAGAAAAUGUAAUUUCUGGUGUGCAUGUCUAAAAAUUCAGCCAUAAUACUGUAAGAAAUAACUAUGAAUAUCUUCUUCUCAGAAAAAUUAGAUGAAAUCCCUCCAGGGACUCACAAGUCUUCACUUGGUGAUACAUCAUCAGAAAGUACUGAAAGCAAGAGGCAGCCAGAAGAGGAAGAAAAAGCAGGUUCCGAACAAGAAGCCCCAGAAAAAAGCCAAGAAGAUACCAGCACAGAGGAGCUAGAGAGUAAUGACAUUGAAAAGAGAGAGGAGGCCACUGGGGAUGAAGAGAUAGACAAUCAUAUCACCGACACUAUCAAUGAUGAGGAUCUGCCACGAGAAACUGAAGACAACACAAGCCAUAAUUCUAAGGAGACAGAGACCGAGAGCCUGACGGUGUCGAGUGAAUCAAUUGAGAGACAAGAGGAUGCAAAGGAAAAUCCAAAACAAGACAGUAAUGAAAGCAAAGAGGAGGAGGAUGAUACCCAAAGAGAUGACAGUAUGUUUGAUAAAUUAUAAAUACUGUUCUCUACUAUUCCUGCAAACACAUACAGCAUAUUAAACAGCAUUUAACAUUUUUUUUUUGUUUAGAUAAUCCUCUAUGGCCAUCCAUCAUAUAGAUUUGAAUGAUAAAAUAAAUAAUCAAUUGCCCAGCCUUCUAGGGUAAGGAAAAUCUAUCCACAAUUUGAUCUAGUUAAAAACAACUGGUCUGUUUAUUUCCAGUAGAUAUACAGCAAACAGGGAUACUUCAGGAAGUACAAAAUAAAACAGCCAGUGAUACACACAUAACAAAAUUAGUACUUAACAAAAAUAGAAGGCUUACCUCCGGGUCACAGAACAAAUAUAUAUACACCCCCCCCCCCCACCAAAAAAAAAUGAGGAAUACAACCAAUCCAGUUAGGGACAAAAGGAGAAAUAUAGUGUAACGCCCUCUGAUAUCACAGAUGUAGGAAAGUAAAAUAUUGUACUCACAAAUGUGUGUAAAAACAACGCAUUUUACUGCAGACAUGCCACGGAGACCUGAGGAAGUUACUCUUCCUGGUGAAUCGCGUAGGGCGGUUACUACCUGUCUCAGGAUUGGUGAUGUUUUCUAAUAUUUUCAAACUGCUUGUUCUCCCUAUACUAGUCUGGAAUUUGAUUCAUUGCCAUUGCAGGGAGAGUUGUUUUGUCCCAUGGCACAUUCUUACACAUGUUUGCGAGUGCAAUAUUUUACUUUCAUACCUCUGCAGUAUCAGAGUGUAUUACACUAUCUUUAGGAUUAGCUGUAUAUAUAAUUUAGCUCAUUGGCUGCAGGGGUGCUUAAUUUCUUCAUUAGGCAAAAAAAGAGUCAGUUAAAAAAAAAAAACCCUGAAAAAGCAAGAUAAACAAGUAUGUAGGGCGCUAUAUAAAUUCUCUAAAAUAUGGGGUACCUUGAUAACUAUUUUACUUAGCAGCACUUUAUAAGUUUAUUAGCUGUAAAAACACUAAAUAUUAAAAAAAUAAAAUAAAGUGCACUGUGCCUUUAACACUAAAUUCAAAUCAAGCUGCUUAAUAUCAAAAUAAUGCUUAUUGUGCAAAAAUAGCAACAACCUGUGCAAAUUUACUGCAAAUCCAAAGUGCAACUUUCAUUUCUAAGUGUGUACAAAAAUGAAGUGCUCAUUGUGCCAAUUUACACACUGUAUAAACUAUUAAUACUUCUCUUGCAAUACUUAACCAGAGUACGUAGUUCUAUAUGAAAAAUUAAAAUAUAUAGUGUAAGAUUGCAAAUACACCAUAAUAAAGAAGUACCAGAAAUUUAUAUGGCACUCACAAACAUUGAGCAGGUAAGAGACUGCUCAGGCUAUAUGCGCUUUCGUUUAUAUCCAAUAUCUAGCUCUUGCUGCAAAAAAACAGUGGACAGCCAAACUAUAGUUUAACAAUCUUUAUUGCAAUUUUAAAAACAAGGACAGGCACGUCAUAAAAACCACUAUGUCUCCCCAGUCCCUUUGGCAAGUUUGAUAAAAAAGUAUUUGGUAUUGCCAGUCGUCGGAACGGCGGGCGGGGUUAGUGACGUCCUCCGUAUGACGGAAUUGCAUAAUAGUGUAGUUACAAAAGGCAUGAUGACGCAUUUUGCCUCUAUUGGCUUCCACAGAUCACACCUAAAACUACCCAGAGGGCAUAUCCUUCUUUCAAUGUCCAAUAUUCCAGUCUUUUGAUUGGUUACAAUGUCCGAAACCUUAUUUAUGUAUAUGCAAAUCUCAUCUCCUUAAUGCAAUUAAUCACUUCGUGCAAAGAAAGGGCCAGACUAAAUGAUACUCUAUUGCAGCUAAAAAAAAAUACAAAAAUUAUCACAUAAAAAGUGAUCGCAUAAAAAUUAAAAUUAAACAUAACACUUAGUUAUGAGGAUAUAUACAAGAUUAAUCUCCUACCUUUACACAUUGAAAGGAGAUUGUGAAAUAAUAGGACCGCACAUAGACAUGUAUUCAAAAUACCAAAAAAAAAGGAUUUAAAAAAAAAACAAAACAGGAUUUUUAAAAAUCAUUAUAAAAAGUUAAAAAGAUCAAAUGCUACAAGUGCAAACAGCCUGGGAAACUGGCAAUACCGAGGACUUUUUUUUUUUUAAUCAAACUUACCCAAGAGACUGGGGAGGCAUAGUGGUUUUUAUGACGUGCCUUUAAUUGUUUUUAAAAUUGGACCUGCUCAACGUUUGUGAGUGCCAUAUACAUUUCUGGUUCUUCUUUAUUUUGGUGUAUUUGCAAUAUCACACUACAUGUUUUUAUGUUUUUCUUUUUCAUAUUGAACUACAUACUGUGGUUAAGUAUUGCAAGAAAAUUCACAGCCAAAAUGUUGUAUCCUUGUUUUGUUCUUGGACCUCAAUAAAUUCACUGAUUCUUCACCCUACAUUGUGAAUAUCUAUCUUAUUUCAUGGCCAGUUGCAGAUUUUUUCUAUCUGUACAGUUCUGCAUUACCAGUCCAGAGUGGUUACUUGAAAUGCAAUAUAAAUUAGUUAAAAUGCCCCUAAUUAAAAUGUAUUUUGAAAUAUAAUGGAUUUAUUUCAAAAUGACCAAUUAUUUUCUCUUUUCAGAAGAAAAUGAUUCUGACAAAGAUGAGACCACAUUAGAGGCUGAAAACGGUAAUGAAGAUGGAAAAUCUGAAGCUGAAGCAACGCAGGAGGGUGGUAAUUCCCACCACCGGGAGACUAAGAGUUAUGAAGAAACAUCUUCCAAUGAACUUGAAGAUUCCAAACGAUUUAACAAAAUGGAUGAGCUUGCCAAACAGUUAACGUCCAAAAAAUGGGUGGAGGAAAACAGCAGUGAGGAGGCCGCACACCAGACUGAAGGCACAAAAUAUGAUGCUGGGAGCAAGGAGUCUGAUGGACAGCGACCAUGGAAGCACUCAAGAGAGGACAGUAGUGAAAGAGAAAAUCAAAUCGCCAAUAAGCGAGACGCAGAAGAGAAGAAGGAGGAAGAAGGAAGUGCUAACAGAAAGACAGAGGUUUGUAUGAUAAGAAAAGAAAUUCCUGGCAGCAUCCUAUUUGUACCAAAGCAAACUGGACAAUAUCCGAUGAGAAUUAUUGAGGUGGUUUAAAUAGGCAUUCAUAUGAUAUAUAUCAAGGUUAUAAAAUACAGACUGAAGAAUAGCACUCACCAAAAAAUAGUUUUACAUUUAACAAGACUACUUAUAUCCAAUUUAUUGAGGUCUAAUGUUACAAUGAGGAUACGAUGUUACAAAAAGGAUACAAUGUUUUGGCCUUUAAUCGUACACAAUUAAGUCCUCACGGCCAAAACGUUGUAUCUUUGAUUUGUCCUUUGGACCUCAAUAAAUUCACUGAUUCUUAGCAAAUAAAUGCUGAGGAUUCAGUUAUAGAAUGAGGAUUAAUUUAUAGAAUAUGGCCCUAUUGUGUUAAGCCCACCACUACAUCACAGUACCCCAAUAUCUGUAGGUCCUGAACUAGUUUUAACAUGGGAGAUUAGCAUGAUAACUGUAAUACGUACUGCUUAAACUGCUUCCAAAAACUCUCCUCAAUUUAUGUUUUUUUGUUGUCAACUCCAAAGAGGCACCUUUAGUGGAUGGGUGAGGUGCUCAGCCAAAUAGGAAUCGAGUCUGAAUUCCAAAUAUAUACAGAAAAAAGGAGAAUGGGGGUCACACUCAAAACAUGCAUUUCUGAAUAGUAAGGUGUAGGACCCAUCGAUAUUGGAGUACAUAGUGAGACGUAGUGGUAAGUUUAAUACUAUAUGGCCCAUAGUGUAACUGAAUCCCCAUAUUUGUUUGCUAAGAAAGGUGAUUUUAAGUAGCAUUGUAAAAUUUAAAACUGUAUUUUUUUGGUGCACACUGUUCCUUAGUCUGCAUUUUGUAAAUAUUUUGGUCCUCUUUGGCAGCAGCACUACUUAGAAAUCAAUAUUCUGGGUGUGCCACCAAUUCCCCUUAUUUAUAUAUCAAGGUUAUAUCAAUAUUUCCAAUUGUCAAUAUUACUGUUGAAUCUUUUUUAAAAAUUUUUAUUUAAAUGUGUCUACAGUACCCAGACCACUAUAUCCCAAUUCAUGCAAAGCUGCUAAACAAUGUCAUUUCUGUGAAGGGACGUAAACCUCUUAAGAAACCAAAAUUUUAAUUAUUCAAUGCUAAAUAUUAUAAAUAUUAUAAAUUUUCAAAGUAAUAAUCCAGAGCUACUACAGUUUGACUUCUUAUUUGGUAUUCGCACCAAUCCCUGCCUUCCCUGCAGUCUCCGCUCAGCUCUGAUUUUUAAGCCCAGCUGUGCAGGUCUUCGCUUGUUGGCCCAGAGCAAUCAACUGAUGCUCUCCGACAAUGAGCUGGCCCUGCAUGGCAUGGAUUCGCUCAGAUGAAUUAACAGUUUCAGGCUGUUACGGUGGGACGUGGCACCAGGCAGACUACAGGUAAGAAAUCAAACUAUUUUUAAACAUCUUUGACUAAACUAUAAUGGAGGGCUGCAAGAGCACUCUUGGCACUAUAACCACUACAGUGUGCUGUAGUGGUUAUGGUGCUUGGAGUGUUCCUUUAAGGAUGGCCAUUCAUUCAAGAGAAUUAUCUUUGCUGGGUCAUAGAUCUAAUUCCCUUAGCUGCUAUUUGAGGGAUGCUUUAAUAACAUGUUCCAACUCACCACCAUGUCGUCAAGGACUUGUAUAUUAUCGAUAGGUGAUCUGGAGUAACAUGCUGAUGGUAGAUUCUAUUCUUUUAUUUAACAGGAUCAGGAACUGGAGAGUCUAGCAGCUAUUGAGGCAGAACUGGAAAGUGUUGCACAUAAACUACAUGAACUAAGAAGGGUUUGAAUCUCAAGCUGUCCUACAAAGUCAUCUGGAUGUUUGCUACUGCACCUUCUUUCUUUAUUUCCCAACUUAAUCUCAUUGUUACUGGACCGGCCAGAAGCACCUAUCAUAGGAGUCUCUGGCUGGAGUCUAUUUAAUCACACGCUAGUUUUACUCGAUCACUGUAACACAUCUGUCGUAGCGCAAAACCAAUUAUUCUGUUGCGGUCAUGAUACAAAUUAAGUUUCCCCAGUUGUGAAGACCAUUUCAAUUUAUGUUUAGGAAGGUUGGGGGUUACUGAAUUUUUGAGAUUAUUGGGCAAUGAGGGUAUCUACAUGCCAUUCCAUUUUGUUUUUUAAUUAAGAUUUUAAAAAAAAUAUGUUUUUUUAACCCAUUCAUGAUAGAUGACAUGCUUGAACUGUCAUGAAACCAAGGGAUAUUCCUAACCCUUGUCAUGAAGGAGUUGAAGUCAAUGCUUUUUAGAAUCGUUUUCUUUUAAUUAGACUAAACAUAUUGCAAUAACUUGUUACUUUUUGAUUAAAUCUGGAAAUGGGGUAUAUUCUGUAUGUAUAAUAAUAAUGAUCUAUAGGGAAAUAAAAUGCAGGAUUUUUUCUGUUCUGCUUUCUUUUGUUUAUUUUAUAAUGUUUGU